AAGAAGACUCAUCGAUAUAAGUGAGAGCGGAAGAAAUUUAUUACUAUACAAGGCCUCUGACGGAGAUGCCAAGUUCCCAAAUUUCGCCGACUAAGAACAACCGAAAAUCUUCUUGAUCAAACACAAUUCUCAACCCGAGAAACUAGUUCCGUAAUGCCGUCCCUCGAAGGUCUCACUGGGGGGCAGCCCACCCUGGACGCCAUCAACAACGCCACUGCCCAAGACCCUGAAGAACUUACCUUUCCACCAGUGGCCAAGGAGCACAUUCUGAACUGCUCGUACGAUAGCUGGUUUCCCAAGUACCGGACAGUGUCAAUCAGGUCGAGAAUAAUCAAGCUAUCAGCCGACUUUGUCAAAUACAUUCGCGACGACGGCAUCAUCCUCGCUGACGAAGAUAAUGUUCUAGCUGAGGAAGACGAGGGGGAGUGGUCCGCCUCUUCGAACACAGCCGACGCACCAAGACGGAACCAGCGCCUCGAAGGGGAUAGCUCAGAUGACGAGCCCGAGGCCGACUCUCGGCCUCCGAAUGAACGCUUUCCUGAAAUCCACCAGGAGAUCAAGGACAUUAUCAAGGAGCUGGGAGGCGCUGUUGCGCCCAAGCUGAACUGGUCCGCCCCGAAGGAUGCAGCUUGGAUUUCACCGCACCAGAACACGCUCAAGUGCACAUCACCCAACGAUAUCUAUCUCCUUCUUAAGAGCUCCAGUUUUGUCAGCCAUGACUUGGAACACGCCUUCAAAGACACCGUCUCCUCGACCUCAAACAGACCUUUCCAGCCCGUCCUGGUUCUCAGACCGUUCUUCGCGCCCCACCCCGCGCUGGAGUUUCGUUGUUUCGUCAAGCACCGCGCUCUCAUCGGUGUCUGCCAGCGGGACUGGAACUACUACCCGUUCCUCGACGGUCUCCGGCCUGCGCUGGUGUCCAAGAUCACCGAUUUCUUUGAGGACCGUCUGCGCUUCACAUUUCCCGACGGAUCCUUCAUCUUCGACGUCUACGUGCCCGGCGAUAGCAACUCACAUGACGAGCUCGGCAAGGUGCGCCUUAUUGACAUCAACCCCUGGGCGCCGCGAACCGACAGUCUGCUCUUCAGCUGGGUCGAGCUGCUCGAGUUCAAGGUCCCGAAGCCGAUACUGGGCUCCGUUGUGAACGAAGAAGAACAGCUUGAAGGCAGCGCUGCGGACGAGACGACAGACGAAGAAGAUGCUGAUGAACUGGUUCCUGAAUUGAGGCUGGUUGAAAAGGAUAACCCAGUUGCAUUCAACUUCAGCACACCGCAGUACUCUGCGCAUAAGCUGCCAAAGGAGGUUGUCGAUACGAGUUUGUCAGGAGAAGGCGGGUUGAGGGAGUUUGUCCAGCGGUGGAAGGAAAUGACUGAGGCUGAUGGCGGCGGUGAUGUCUGGGAGAAUUCUGCCACAACCGAGGCGUGAGAUGCGGGGUUGUAUUCCAGCCGAGGAAACAUCUAGCUGGAGUAGUCUAGAGGUGCGAUCUCGCUUCGUGCCGAAUAGCAUCAAUGGAUAUGCGCCAGUAUGAUGGGCCGAAUAAUUCCAUCCCAUCGUCGUCAAGCAACGGGGCCUGGGUGCUCCGAGCAGUUCCAUCGAGUUGAUCAUGCCUGUGCAUAACCUUGAUGUAGCGGACUGAGAGUGCAGAGCGCAGAGCUCUACCACUGUAUUCCAUGGCGAUCCGCUCACUGUACACAUAAACAGUCUCGUUUUGCAUGACAGCUAAUAGUAUAACAGCAGACGAUCUUUGCGGUUUGUUCUUUCCGAUGUAUCUAUCCAUCUUCCGCAAAGAAU